CUGGCCCAGCAUGCUUUGCGCGCACCCAACAUGGCGGCGCCCAGCCCCAGCACGUCCCGGCCGGAGCCCGCUUUCCCUUUCCCCUUCCCCUCCUCGACGGCCGGGGCUGAAAAACCCGCGGAGGGGCAGCCUCUGCCGGCCGCCGAACCGAAGAAGAAGAAGCCGCCCUGUCGGGCCUGCACGGACUUCAGGAGUUGGAUACGGGAUCAGAGGAAGCAGUCGGACCUGGAAACAGGAGCCACAGAGAAGGAGGUACCUCCUGAUUGCCCUUUAGAUAAAGAACAACUGGGGAGAAGUUCGUGGUCGUUUCUUCACACGAUGGCAGCGUUUUACCCAGAUCGGCCCACUAAAACUGAGCAGAAAGACAUGGUUCAGUUCAUCCGCUUAUUUUCCAAGUUUUUCCCUUGUGAUGAAUGUGCGGAGGACCUGAGAAGCAGAAUACGAAGAAACCAACCUGAUGCCAGCAACCGGCGUAAUUUGACGCAGUGGUUCUGCCGGCUUCACAACGAGGUCAAUAAGAAGCUGGGGAAGCCCGAAUUUGACUGUUCCCUUAUAGAUGAGCGUUGGCGAGAUGGCUGGAAGGACGGGUCCUGCGAUUAGAUAUCCUGGCAGAUGCAAGAUUGGUCCACCUUGAUUAAAAGAAGCUAGAAAGAAAGAACUAUGAAAUCAAGCCUUGUAUGGACUUUUGCUGAAGUGUACAAUUGUGCUUUGGUAUUGAGGUUGUGGUGAUACAGGAGGAGGAGAAGGUGCAGGUAUUAGAAUAGAUGCCCUGCCUGAUUGUUUCUGAUUCUGGAAAAAGUAACAAGAAGGUCCUGAAGUAAGCUAGUCUUAUGGCAAUUUUCUACCUGCUGGUUGUCUCCUUUUCCAGACCACAUAUUUACUAGCAAAUGCUCCUUAAAUUUCUUAUCAGUACUUUCUUCAUGGUAGGGAAAAACAUUUCUCCAGCCACUGAAUUAGGCUGGUGGGAAAACGUUUUAGGACUUUUUUUUGCCACCCCCAGAUCUGCAAUCUGCCUUCAUUUUGUUUGUCUCUAUGAUCAGAUUUUACGUUGUGUCUUUUUUCUUCCCUUAUCCUUGUAAUCUAGAAUGGUUUAGAAAUCAUUUUAAAGAGAGUACAACAGUAAUUUAACCACUGUGGAGCUGCAGGGCUCUCUUCCUUCAAGGGAUAAUAAAACCAGCCUUUCCCAACUUGGUGCCCUUCAGCUGUUUAGGACUACAACUUCCAGUGUCCUCAGCACAGCCAUGCUGACUGGUGCCAGUGGGAAUUGUAAUGCAAAACAACUGAAGAGCACCAGGUUGGGGAAGGCUGCCUUAAGUUUUCCACAGGUUAAUUAAGGUACAAAGAAACUUAAGAGUUGUAGAAUCCCAGUAACUUCUAUUUUGCUGAAGUCCUAAAGCAGGGAAAAUAAAGUAAUUUCUGAGUGCAA